UUCCUGAUAAUAUGGGAAACCUUAAGAAUCUUCUGGUGUUUAACGCUCCUGCUAACGACCUUGGAAGUGGGAAAGCGGGAGACUUUGACUUUCUCUCUUCUUUAAGCAACUGCAGCAGAUUGCAACAUUUGGGUAUAGAGUUCAAUAGAUUCGGUGGGGUGAUUCCAAACUCUAUAGCUAAUUUAUCAACCUCGCUCAGAAUUCUUACUUUGGGAGGGAAUCAGAUCGCUGGAAGUAUUCCUGAAGGAGUUGGCAAUCUCGUCAACCUCAACAGGAUGGAUAUGAGGGAAAACUUUCUUGUUGGAGAAAUUCCUAUUUCCAUUGGAAAUCUUCAAAAUCUUGAAGGAUUGAAUCUCAUUUCGAAUCACUUAACUGGUAAAAUACCAUCCUCCAUUGGCAAUCUCUCCAGACUAACAGAGCUUUAUUUAUCCAAUAACAAAUUUGAAGGAGCAAUUCCUUUAUCACUCAGGGAUUGCAAAAAUAUGCAAAAGUUACACCUUUCCUACAAUAAACUCAAUGGGAGUAUACCAAAUCAACUAUUUGGUGCUUUUGAAAGUUUGGCUUAUCUUACUUUCUCUCACAACUCUUUCACUGGCCUCCUUCCAUCAGAUUUGAGUAAUUUGAAGAACCUUGUAGAAUUAUACGUUGAUAAUAACAAUUUCUUUGGUGAAAUUCCCAAGAAUCUUGGUGAGAGUUCAGAACUAACAAUCCUCUUCAUGGAGAAAAACUCAUUCCAAGGUAACAUUCCUCAAUCUUUUGCCUCCUUGAGAUCUCUUGAAUACUUAGAUCUCUCCAAUAACAAUUUGUCUGGCACCAUUCCACCUGAACUUCAAAAACUUCCAUUUUUAGUGAGUUUAAACAUUUCUUUCAACCACCUAGAGGGUGAAGUGCCAAAAGGAGGGGUUUUUAAAAAUGUUAGUGGAUUUUCCUUUUCCGGAAAUGAAAAACUCUGUGGGGGGAUUCCAGAAAUAGAGCUUCCAAAGUGCUUCGGAAAGGUUUUGUCAACCAAAGUCAUUAUUGCUGUGAUCUUCAGCAUUCUACUUGGCUCUAUUUUGGCUGUGCUUCUCGUUUAUCUUUCUUGGAGAAGGAAGUGUGGAAAUGCACUUACCCACGUAGCUUUGUUCGAUGAUGGCUUCCUGCGUCUAUCCUACAAGGAGCUUCUGCAAGCCACCCAAGGUUUCGCUUCUUCAAACUUGGUUGGCAGUGGAAGUUUUGGCUCUGUAUAUAAAGGAGUUCUUCAUCAACAAGAAAAGCCUGUUGCUGUGAAGGUAUUUGACCUUCAAAACCGUGGGGCUGCAAGGAGUUUCAUGGCAGAAUGCAAGGCUUUAAGAAAAGUUCGACAUCGAAAUCUUCUCAAAAUUAUAACUUGUUGCUCAAGCAUUGAUUACCAGGGCAAUGAUUUCAAGGCUUUAGUUUUUGAAUUCAUGCCUAAUGGAAGUUUAGAAAACUGGUUACAUGAGCAACAUGAGUCGAGGUAUUUGAACCUUGCUCAAAGGUUAGAUAUUGCUAUAGAUGUGGCCAAUGCAAUAGAUUACCUUCAUCAUGAUAGUAAGACGCUGAUUGUUCAUUGUGAUCUAAAGCCUACUAAUGUCCUUCUUGAUGAUGACAUGAUCGCACAUGUCAGUGAUUUUGGAUUGGCUAAGCUCUUAUCUAGCGACACUGGCAAUCUGGGUACUGAUCAAACAAGUUCCUCAAUGAUCAACGGGACAAUUGGUUAUGUUCCCCCAGAAUAUGGCAUGUCUGGGGCAGUCACUCCAGAAGGUGAUAUUUACAGCUAUGGGAUAUUGCUCUUGGAGAUGAUCACAGGAAGGAGACCAACAGAUGAUUUCUUUCAAGAUGGCUUAAGCCUUCAUCAUUUCUGUAAAAAGGCACUACCAGAAGGGUUGAAGGAGAUUCUUGAUUUUCGCCUGCUUGAAGAAAUUGAUCAAUACAGGCAGAGAAUAAGAAGUCAACCAAACUUGGAAGAACAGAUAUUGGAGUGCUUGGUUUCUUUCACUAAAGUUGGAGUUGCGUGCUCUGCAGAAGUACCUGGUGAUAGAAUGAGCAUAAAAGAUGCUAUCAUAGAACUACAUGCAACUAAGGCAAGGUUGCUUCGGACAGGGGUUUAUACACGGGACAGAGGAUAGGCGCAGAGGCAACAAC